AUGGCGCGGUUGGAGCAAAAGUAUAGUCGAUCAAGUACGAGCAAGGCUAACGCAGCUGGCUUCUCGAAACGACGUUCUGGGAAGCAGAAUGCUCUCAAGAUACACGAUGUCUACGAUCACGACCAAGCUAAACUUCCGAGGUCACGGUCACAGGUCGAUACUAGACUAGACCGGGAUGAAAUGGAUCCUGCGCUGAGUAUUAGUGGAGCAGAAGACGAACAAGAAGCGCUGAGAGCUCGAUUGAUUGGAGAAAACGAAGAGAAUGAGGGGCUAGGAAGCGAUGAGGAUGAAGAAAUUGAUAGUGAUGCUGCAUUUGAGGAGAGCGACGAGGAACGAUUCGCUGGCUUCUUCACGAGCAAACAGCAGAAGCGGAAACAGAAAGCAAUUCCACCGACUACCCUCGGGCGGACCGUUAGGUUCGUAGACGUAGACUUGAAUGAAGGAGAGGACGAUUCCCGUACUGCGCACCAACACGGUCACGACCAGGAGGGUCAUCACGAUGCCGAAGAUGAAGAGGACGAAGAAGACGAAGACGGCGGCGAUGGAUUCAUAGAUGUCCUGGAUGUCCUGGAUGGACGUGCCAAACCGUAUCUGGCGAGUGAUGGCGAAGGCGAUGAUCUUGAGGAUCAAGAAACAGCCGGUGCUACUUCAAGAAAAGGCAUGGAAGAUGGGCAGUCUGCCAAACAAAUCCACGAUGCUGACGAGGAGGAAUCAGAAGAAGAGCAGGAACCAGAACGCCAUAGAGAAACGUCUGCAAGACGUGACAUCGACACUUCGGAUGCGGAGAGCGAGACCGCGUUGGCAGGUCUCAAUCAAUUCAUCCUUGGGCUAGAUCCCGGCCCUGCAACGGCUGCUUCAAAGCGCGGAAUUUCGGAUGAUUUCAGCGAGGCUGAUCGACCCCGCAAGCGGAGGGUCAUCGCAGAACGUAGCGAAGUGGGGCCAGAAAAUGAGUUUGGGGGGCGUAUUUCAAGUAAGCUACACCUAGACGACCUUCUUGCUCCCCUCGCAUCAAAAACCUCGACCCUCCAGUCUCUCAAGAAAUCCGCGAAGACGCUGUCGAGCAAGGGUGGCGCCUUAGCAGCACCUCUCCCCCAGCGGACGCAGGAGAAGCUGGACAGGGAGGCUGCGUACGAGCAGACAAGAGAGGAAGCCGAACAUCUCAGCUUCCCUUUGCAGGCGGCGCCGCACGGUAAGACAUCCAACUUAGAACUUAACGCAAAAUUCAAGCCUACCACGGAACUUGAAAGCUCCGUGGACCGCCUGUUAAAGGCUGCCCAACUGCGCGAGGAAGAUUUAGAGAAGACGGAGGAACUCAAGAUGAAUCACCUGACUAUCGAGGAGGUUGCGGCUCGCCGGCUCGAGCUUCGGAGAACGCGCGAACUCAUGUUCCGUGCCGAGGUGAAGGCGAAGCGUAUCGCCAAGAUCAAGAGCAAGACGUAUCGGCGCCUGAAAAAGAAGGAACGGGAGCGGUUGGCGGCGAAGCUUGACGACGGAGGCGAGGACGAUGAAAGUGCCCGCAUUGAGCAUGAGUUAAACAGAGCAAGAGAGCGUGCUACACUGAAGCACAAGAACACAGGAAAGUGGGCAAAAUCUUUAAAAACCCGCGAACAUCUGGAAGAGGAUCAAAGGCGGGAUAUCAAUGAGAUGCUAGACAGAGGCGAGAGGCUGAAAAGAAGGAUCCAGGGUGUGGGCAGCGAGGGCGAGGGCGAAGAGAGCGAUUCCGAGGAAGAGCGGGACGUUGAUGAGGUCAAAGCGGGCGCUUUCGAGGAGCUGCGAGGCCUGAUGAGUGAGGCAGACACCGAGGACGAGGCAGGCGGCAUCUUCAAGAUGAAGUUCAUGGCGGAAGCAGCGGCUCGGCAGGCACAUGAAAAUCGUCAAGUAGCCGACGAGUUCCUUCUUGAAAUGGGCGCUCCAGUAGGCUCUGACGAGGAAAGGGUAGAUUGCGAGGAAGAUCAGGGGGUGUCCAUAACGCGCACUGGCGGACGCGUAACUUUCAAGCCAAGUACUUCACUAUCUUCUCGCCCUAUAGGCUCCUUACACUCUGAUACGUCGAGUGUCACCCUGAGGUCGACGGAUUUCCCUCCGGAGCCAACCACGGCCGAAUCUGAGAAGGGGCCCCCUUCUCCCCUUUCUCGCCAAAAUGCCACCAAUCCAUGGCUAGCAUCUCAGAGCAACGAAGAAUCAAUACGAGCGCCCCGUAAAGCGAACGAAGUAGUAUCUAAGCAGAGCUCAGCCGCAGAUAAGUCGAAGAACAAGCUUCGCAAGAUAAAAGACAAAACCGCGAACGACAGGGAGACCGCGAAAGCGGACGCAGAACUGGAGAUUUCUACCACCGAAUUCUUAACCUUGAAAGCACCGACUACGAAAAGCAAAUUGCCAGCUCAACGGAGAGUCAAACACACACCCAAGACCGACGUGUUAGAAGAGGGCUCCGACCAUGACAGUGAAAUCGAGGAACAGGAGCAGAACCUGCGAAUGAAGGCUCGAGCUGGUCAAACGGCAGCGUUUCAGCAACGAGAUCUAGUGGCCCGUGCAUUCUCUGGAGACAAUGUUGUCCAGGAUUUCGCUGAGACAAAGCGGAGAGAGAUACAGGCUGACGCCCCGAAGGAGGUGGACACCACGUUACCUGGCUGGGGAUCGUGGGGUGGACGUGGAACGAAGAAGCAAGCGCCAAAGCAGCAUCUGAUCAAGCAGAUCGCCGGAGUCGAUCCUAAAUCAAGGGCGGACUUCGACAAGUCUCACGUUAUCAUUUCUGAAAAGCGGGACAAGAAGGCAGCAAAGUACCUCGUUAAGGAUUUACCAUACCCUUACACCAGCAAGGCCCAGUUCGAACGAAGCACAGAGACACCCCUAGGAUUAGAAUGGAACACCAGAGUUGGGUUCCAAAGGGGUACUCUGCCCAGGAUUUCCAAGAAGAUGGGACAAGUCAUCGCUCCUCUGGAGAAGUUGCAGUAG